AUGUCUCGCGGCGGCACCACUCUCUACGUGACCGGCUUUAGCCACGGCACCCGCGCUCGCGACCUCGCCUACGAGUUCGAACGGUAUGUCAACCUCGUCCACGCCCACGCCCACGCCCUCGCCCUCCCUGGUCCUGACGCCUCGCCGUCUAUCGUCGUCCUCGCGCCAUCGUCCUCUCGUUCCGUCCGCGCCCACGUCCCCAGCACUCUCUCCUUCCCUGUCUUCCCACUUACGGACGACUGGUUCGCUGCGAUAUCCCCGCACCCCGGUCUACGUCUUCCCGGCUGUAACUUCGCUUUUGUUGAGUACGAGGACCGUCGUGAUGCUGAUGAUGCCUACCAUGAGAUGCACAACAAGCGCAUCGGUCGUGAUGACAUUUUAAAGAUUGAGUGGGCUCGUACUCCUCCUUCUGCCUCAUGGCGCUUCGAAUCUGGACGCGACCGUGACCGACGUGGUGGUGCUCGCUCCCCUCGACGUGGACGCUCUCCUUCUCCCCGCCGCAGCACUCGCGAUUAUUCUCCUCGCAAGGACGACCGCAGGGACCGUGACCGAGACUAUGAUCGCGAGAGCCGACGUGACAGGGAUCGCUCUCGCAGCCCUGAUCAUCGGGACCGUGAGCGUGACUCCAAGGAUGAGCGUGAUGAUCGUGACCGACGGGAGAACGGUACGAAUGGUGACGAGCGAAAGGCUCUCGACAGUCCUCCUGCUCAUGACGAUCUUGAUGUUGCCGAGUAG